AUGCGAGGAUGUCUGCAAUCGGUCAGAUUGCUGACCACGGCGCUGGGGCAGUCUCCUCGCCGGCCCUUGCCUUUCGCCUUUCGACUGCCCCCGAACGCCUCGCGUCUUUUCAGCACCUGUGCCAGCAGAGCCGCUGCUACUGCCAAAAAACCGCCGUCGGAACUUGAAGAACGGAUUUUGGCUAUUCCUAUUGAGCGCUACCGCAACUUUUGUAUUGUGGCUCACGUCGAUCAUGGCAAGAGUACGCUUUCGGAUCGCCUGUUGGAGUUGACAGGAACCAUUGAGCCCGGCUCCAAUAAACAGGUGCUGGACAAGUUGGACGUGGAGCGUGAGCGCGGAAUUACGGUCAAGGCUCAAACUUGCACGAUGCUUUAUAACCACAAGGGCGACGAUUACCUGCUACACCUUGUUGAUACACCGGGCCACGUAGAUUUUCGAGCAGAGGUUUCGCGGAGCUACGCGAGCUGCGGGGGGGCUCUCCUACUCGUGGAUGCGAGCCAGGGCGUUCAAGCGCAGACUGUUGCUAAUUUCUACCUUGCAUUUGCGCAGGGGUUGGAGCUGGUGCCAGUCAUCAACAAGGUCGAUCUUCCUUCGGCUGAUCCGAAGCGAGCACUGGAGCAAAUGGAAACUACGUUUGAACUGGAUACGGACAAAGCCGUGCUGGUCUCCGCAAAGACUGGUUUGAAUGUCCAACAGCUUCUUCCGACAAUUGUCGAGCAGAUUCCCGCUCCAAUUGGUGAUCAUACGAAACCUCUUCGGGUUCUCCUGGUUGACUCCUGGUAUGAUACAUACAAAGGUGUUAUUCUCCUCAUACGUGUCUUCGACGGUUCGGUAAAGGCAGGAGAUCAGCUUGUAUCCUUCGCGACACAGAAGAAGUACAUCGUGGGCGAAGUAGGUAUCAUGUAUCCCAACCAAACUGCUCAGAGUGUCCUACGGGCCGGCCAAGUGGGUUACGUCUAUUUCAACCCUGGCAUGAAGAAAAGUCAGGAGGCAAAAAUCGGUGACACACUUACCAAAGUUGGCUCUGAAAAGCUAGUCAAACCGCUCCCGGGGUUCGAGGAGCCCAAGGCAAUGGUUUUUGUUGCUGCCUAUCCAGUACAUGCAGAUGAUUUUCCUCAUCUAGAAGACAGCAUCAACCAAUUGUUGUUGAACGACCGCAGUAUCACCGUCAAAAAGGAGUCCUCUGAGGCUUUGGGUGCAGGUUUUCGCUUGGGAUUCCUUGGAACGUUGCACUGCUCCGUUUUCCAGGAUCGACUCCAGCAAGAACACGGUGCCAAUAUCAUCAUCACACCUCCAAGUGUUCCUUGCAAAGUGCUCUGGAACAGCGGAGAAGAAACCGUUAUCACCAGCCCCGUUGACUUCCCCGACGGCGACUCCAAUCGGAUGAAAGUCAAGGAGUUCCAAGAACCAUACGUUCUUACCACACUAACUUUCCCUCACGAAUAUCUCGGCAAGGUUAUAGAACUUUGCGAAGGCAAUCGCGGUGAGCAAGUGAGCCUUGAGUUUUUCACUGCCUCCCAGGUCAUUCUGAAAUACCAACUCCCCCUUGCUCAGCUUGUGGACGACUUCUUUGGCAAAUUGAAAGGGUUAACCAAAGGAUAUGCAAGCUUGGACUACGAAGAAUCCGGUUGGCGAAAAAGCAACGUUGUCAAACUUAAACUUCUUGUCAACAAGAUGCCUGUCGAUGCCGUGUCACGAGUGGUACAUAUCAGUCAAGUUCCACGACUGGGAAAGCAGUGGGUUACCAAAUUCAAAGAGCAUGUCGAUAGACAAAUGUUCGAGAUUGUCAUUCAGGCCGCCAUAGGAAACAAAAUUGUGGCGAGAGAGACUAUCAAGCCUUACAGAAAAGAUGUCCUGGCAAAGCUACAUGCUAGCGAUGUCACUCGGCGAAAGAAACUGCUAGAGAGGCAGAAGGAAGGUAGGAAGAAGCUUCAGGCUGUUGGAAAUGUGGUUAUUGAACAUAAAGCAUUCCAGGCGUUUUUGUCGAAAUAG